GUUACUAUGGCUGGUGAUGAAGAAGGUAGUUCAAGUGUUGAAAACAAAGAAGUGGAAGGUAAAGGGUGCAGACAGAAGCGCCCGGCGCAGACAUUGUUGAGCCCAUUUACAGAUCCUUUGAGGAAGAAGAGGACGAUGACUGUGUCGGCUGCGACUGCAACCCCGCCAUGUUUUGAUCCAUCCAAAUCCUUGCCCAUUGAAGAUGUGAAGGCAGUAAUACAGUUUUGCAGUGCCUGGAAAAGCGAUAUCAGUGCGGAGGUGCAGCUGGAAUCAUUUUCAGUGGGCGCUGAUUUUUUCUACAGACUUGUCGAUGAAACCGAAUGGAUGAGCUCAAGGCACCUGGACAUGGCAACCUUUCUUAUCCGCAAAAGGCAACUAUCUCAUCCGUUGGUUUUUGGAACGGACUGGACAACGGCAGAUUGUUGCUUGCAGCAAUUUCUAGAGCCGUUCAAACCGACGGCCAGGAAACGUGGAUCGAAGAAGGCUGCUAGUUCAAACACCGUUGACCUUCCAGCCAGCAAGGUGAAGAAUUUACAUCACUUUGUGCGUGGUACGUGGCAACACGGCUAUGCCCAAGCUUGGACAAAAGUCCGGAAGGUGUAUUUUCCAUAUAAUCUGAAAGGGUCUCAUUGGGUUGCAAUCGAACUUGAUUUCGUAAGACAUACUGCAACCGUGUAUGACUCCUAUAUUGAUUAUACGAAACGUUCAAAGCUGGUUACGCUUCUGCACCCUAUUAGCGAUACGCUGGCACGAGUGCUGUUCGAUAUGCAUUUUUAUGAUGCUUCUGAGGUUGAAGAGGUGAAGCAAAAGGGGCUGACGAUGUCGAUGUAUACGCCAUUCUCAGUGUGCAGCAUUGCAGAUGUGCCACAACAACGAGAUGGUGCGUCUUGCGGAAUCUUGACCGUCAAAAUCAUCGAGCAUCUCAGUGCUGGGAUGUCGGUAGAUAAAGUUGACCCUUUGAAGAUCAAAUAUUACCGACUCAAGCUUGCAAUUGAGGGUUUAAGGGGGGAGGCAUAUUUAUGAGGGUCUGCGGGAAUGGAUAUUCAAAAGUACAUAAAGGUUGAGAAGGUCCCUGGUGGCCAGUUGGAAGAUUCAGUGGUUCGCAAAGGAGUAAUGAAUAACAAAGAUGUUAUUGCACCUGGAAAAAUGAGAAGAAAGAUUUUCAACCAACGCAUCAUUCUUCUUGAUUGGCCGCUCGAAUAUAAGAAAGGCGAGAACCAAACAAAUGCUGAGUUGCUUAAAGAAGAAGAUUGGGGAGUCCUGCUACAAUUGGAAGAAGAAUACAUCGAGAGGCUAUGUGUGCAAAUAUUGAAGUUUAAACCAGAUGUGGUUAUCACAGAAAAGGGGCUUAGUGACUUGGCAUGCCAUUAUUUUAGCAAGGCCGGCGUCAGUGGAAUGAGGAGGUUGCGGAAAACAGAUAAUAACCGAAUUGCCAAGGCUUGUGGGGCUGUAAUUGUUAACAGACCAGAUGAAUUGCAACAGUCUGAUGUUGGUACACGCGCUGGGAUAUUUGAGGUUAAGAAAAUUGGUGAUGAGUUUUUUGCAUUCAUUGUUGAUUGCAAAGAGCCUAAAGCAUGUACUAUACUCUUGAGAGGUCCUAGUAAGGAUCUGUUAAAUGAAGUGGAAAGGAAUUUGUACGAUGCCAUGUCUGUAGCAAGAAACAUCCUCAAGAAUCCGAAACUUGGUCCUGGUGGUGGUGCUACACAGUUAACUGUAUCUGCUACAUUGAAGCAAAAGAGUUCAUCUGUGGAAGGUAUAGAAAAGGUAAAAGCUCCUUUCCUCAUCCAAAAGUUUGGUAUUUGUUGUGUAAAACUCAUGGAUUGGCUUUGA